AUGAGCGACGGCGUAAGAAACAGGAAUAACACGGCGACUUCUGCUUCGAAAUCGUCCGUCAGAUCGAAGAAACCGGACAAUUCGGCUUUCAAACAACAGAGAUUGCCAGCAUGGCAACCAGUGCUUACUGCUAAGUCGGUUUUACCGAUUUUCUUCAUCGUCGGUGUUAUCUUCAUCCCCAUUGGCUCUCUCAUCAUCGUCGCGUCCAACGGUGUCCAAGAAGUCGAGCAAGUCUACACCGAUUGCGAAGCAGAAUUCACCUUUACUCAGCACCCUCCUACAGUAGGAAACAUUAGUAACGUCACCGGCAGCGGCCAGACUUGCAAGGACAUUUACGAUGCCUGGAUUGAAUCGUUUCCUGGAGCUCCUGAGGGAAAUCCACCCACUUGUAUUUGCUCCCAAGAAUUUACAAUUGAAGCAGAAAUGGAAUCUCCCAUCUUUGCUUACUACAGGUUGACUAACUACUACCAAAACCACCGAAGAUAUGUGAAGUCCCGAGAUGAUACUCAACUUCUCGCCGAAGCGUCGACCAUCGGAGACAAGCCAGAUGGCGAUUGCAGUCCGUACGAUGUUGUCGAUGUCGGUGAUAUUAAACCGAUACCAAUCGCCCCAUGUGGAGCCAUUGCGAAUUCUCUCUUCAACGAUACAUUCUUCUUCCGGCAAUGCGGAACCUCUGGAUGUGUCCCACUUACCCUAAAUGACAUUGUUAAUCCUGACAGUGGUUUCGGCGCGAUUCCCAUGUCUGGCGAAGACAUUGCCUGGAAAACUGACAAAAGCCAAAAAUUCGAUCCGAACGAAAAACAAAGAACGCGACUUUUCUUAAUGGAACUGUUCGACCACUGA